GGAUGUGUGGGGAUCUGGUGAAUGUCUCCUGCCUGCCGCAGUGAGAGAAUUACCCUCACUUCUCUCUAUUUCUCCCGGGAGUGACGUCGUUAGGCAGUACUUAGUGGCGGAGUAGCGGUGGUUUUGCCUGGGGGCCUCGACUAUGAUCAGAUCAGAUGAGCCCCUCUGAAUCCUGUUACACUCUGGCUUAGAGAAGACAGUGGAGAGAAGAAGAGGGAGUCAGAGUUCCAUGUGGCUAUCUUCCAUCAACCCCCCUGCCCAUUCCCCUCCAGGAAAAAGGAGUCAGUUGCAGAGUGAAGGAAAACACAAGACUGUGAAAGAAAACAAGAAAACGUCAAAAGACUCGUCUUGAAGGAGGGAGAGAAACACAAACUGGGCGAGAGGAGGGGCUGCCUCAGCCAUGGGCAAACAGAACAGCAAGCUACGGCCGGAGGUGCUGAAUGAUCUGCGCGAGAACACAGAGUUCACCGACCACGAGCUCCAGGAGUGGUACAGAGGCUUCCUAAAAGACUGCCCCACGGGCCACCUGACUGUGGAUGAGUUCAAGAAGAUCUAUGCCAACUUCUUCCCGUACGGGGACGCCUCCAAAUUUUCAGAGCACGUCUUCCGCACGUUCGACACCAACGCAGACGGGACGAUAGAUUUCAGGGAGUUCAUCAUCGCGCUGAGCGUAACGUCACGAGGCAAGCUGGAGCAGAAGCUCAAGUGGGCCUUCAGCAUGUACGACCUGGAUGGGAACGGAUACAUCAGCCGCGCGGAGAUGCUGGAGAUCGUACAGGCCAUCUACAAAAUGGUGUCCUCGGUCAUGAAGAUGCCAGAAGACGAGUCCACACCUGAGAAGAGGACAGACAAGAUCUUCAGACAGAUGGACUCAAACAACGAUGGUAGGCUGUCCCUGGAGGAAUUCAUCAAAGGUGCCAAGAGUGACCCGUCAAUAGUCCGCCUGUUACAAUGUGACCCCAGCAGUGCCAGUCAGUUCUGAACACACACACACACACUACUUUUAAGCCCACUGUCACAUGACUAAUAUUAUAUAAAUAUUGUAAUUAUCAUCACUGUUGUUUUGAAGAUGGUUUGAUUUGUACUGUGACAGUUCCAUUUCAAUCUAUAGGAGGAUGUUUAUAAAAUGUAAUCAUUUUCAUAUUGUAUUUCACUGUAAAUGUAAUAUGUGCCCACAUGUUUUGGUCCAUAAGUAUGUUUUAGUAUCCUGAUAGUGUUUGUUGCGCAACAAUGACAUCUAGAAUGAAGUGAAGUAUUGCACAUGCUGUAUCAAGCCCCUGAGAAAGGCCCAAGGCACCUGAGAAAGGCCCAAGGCACCUGAAAGGCCCAAGGCACCUGAGAAAGGCCCAAGGCACCUGAGAAAGGCCCAAGGCACCUGAGAAAGGCCCAAGGCACCUGAGAAAGGCCCAAGGCCCCUGAGAAAGGCCCAAGGCCCCUGAGAAAGGCCCAAGGCACCUGAGAAAGGCCCAAGGCACCUGAGAAAGGCCCAAGGCCCCUGAGAAAGGCCCAAGGCACCUGAGAAAGGCCCAAGGCACCUGAGAAAGGCCCAAGGCACCUGAGAAAGGUGCAAGGCACCUGAGAAAGGCCCAAGGCACCUGAGAAAGGCCCAAGGCACCUGAGAAAGGCCCAAGGCCAUGAGAAAGGCCCAAGGCACCUGAGAAAAACUUACAAGACUCUUUGAUGCCAGAUAACGACAAAUGUGAUAUUUAUUCUGUUUAAUUGCAAAAACAUUUUUUGUUAAAUUCAUAUGGUUAAAUUCACCAUAAGUUAGGUUUUAGGCCCUGUGCCUUUGAAUAUGUGGUUAACUGAUACAACCCACUUCCGCUAGCAUUGCUAGAUUCUCAAAAAAAAUGCUAGCCAGGAGAAUCUGGACAUUGCUUAACAAACAGCUAACAAUGGUUGGGAGGAAACGAAAAUAGGGAAAGAUGAGAAUAAAACUGAUAAAUAAUUACUUUUAACCUCCAAAUCACAGGGGUUUGCCUUGAAAUGUGUCUGUUAAAACUAAUAAUACCUCUAAUGCUGUUUUGCUGAGUGUUGAGUUUCGUGACAUGACAAAACAUUCCUAUACCUACUGCCAAGUUUGUGUUUGUAGAGUUGAAAAUAAAGUGAACUGUUUUGUCAAAAACCC